CCCGCCCCGCCGCUGCGCGCUCACUCGCUCCGGAGUCCGGCGUGGCGGUAGAGGCGGCCGCGGGUGUCAUGGUGCGCUCGCUCAACUCCAUCGUGGCCGUGUGCCAGAACAUGGGCAUCGGGAAGGACGGCAGCCUGCCCUGGCCGCCGCUGAGGAAUGAGUUCAAGUACUUCCAGAGAAUGACUAGCACAUCCCACGUGGAAGGUAAACAGAAUGCACUGAUAAUGGGUAAAAAAACCUGGUUCUCCAUUCCUGAGAAGAAUCGUCCUUUAAAAGGCAGAAUUAAUAUAGUGCUCAGCAGGGAGCUCAAUGAAACCCCAAAAGGAGCACAUUAUCUUUCCAAAAGUCUGGAUGAUGCUUUAGCUCUUUUGGAUUCACCAGAAUUAAAAAGUAAAGUCGAUAUGGUUUGGAUCGUCGGAGGAAGUUCAGUUUACAAGGCAGCAAUGGAGAAGCCAAUUAAUCAUCGAUUGUUUGUGACAAGAAUUUUGCAGGACUUUGAAAGUGACACAUUUUUUCCAGAAAUCAACUACAAAGAGUACAAACUUCUCACGGAGUACCCAGGUGUCCCUGCUGAUAUCCAAGAAGAGAAUGGCAUCCAGUACAAAUUUGAGGUCUAUGAAAAAGCCAUCUCAGCACAAUAAAUGAGGCUUUCUGUACUUCUGUGUAAGGGCAGGCAUUUUAAAUCGUGAAGUCUUAUUGAGUGCAAAUAUAUACUAAAUUAUUGAGAGAAAAUCCUGCUUGAUUGUACAAUACCUCAGUAGUGAAUGAUUCCAAAAAACACACCCCACACUCUGAAUAUACACCCUGCAGUGGAAAUAUGAAGGUAGUCAGCAGCAUGAAAGAGCUAGAUCUAAGGAAUACCACACCUAUGGUUGGAUGAGAUCUUGCAUUGAUCUUUACAGUCCACGGCAGCAUCCCUAACAAGUCCAUGAGUAAUGAAAGGCAUUAGACUCGUUCAGAACCUUUCUACCUAAACAAAGGUUUUGAGUAUCUCCUGAUUCAAAACACCCAACACUGAGAAAGUGUCAAAACUCCUAAGUUUGACUGGGGUGGUAUGUACAUUUAUAACAAUCUUUAAAAUAUACUGGUGCAGAGGAAAAGGUAAGCAAGCAUAACAAGAGGAAUGGAGUCUGGAAGCCUCAGGCAGCAGUUGAGGGUUAGAUUGAUCCAUCAUGGAACUCCUCUCUUAUCAUCUUAACCAUCCUGGGUACACAGCCUGCUUCAAGCCUUUUGGCUGAAAACACUGACUUACAAAUUAAUCUGAUAAAGAAGUUUUAACAUUUCUGUUAACUUCACACCCAUGUAAAGGCUUGCUGCUCUUAUAAGAAGUUGGUAUGUCAGUUUGACUGUGGCCUCUUUGCAGUAUAGGAACAUAAACAUUGCUUUCUUAACAGAACCUGUGUUCUUAUGUCCCUUCUAAAUGUUACCAGUGCAGAUGCAGAAUGUUAAUUUGUUGAUGUGAUUUUGACUAUUCUGUGUUGCAUACAAAUACGGAUUAUAAGCAGAUAGUGGAGUCCUGUUACCUUUUUCAUUAAACAUAGCUAGUAUAAUAAUGUUCUGCAUUACUGUUCACUAGAGCAGUGAGCAAUAUACUGGUACUGUAGUAACACUGUGAUUCUAAUGGCAUACAAUGCCAAGUCUU